UAUGCCUGUUCCCUCCCCCCAUAGCGCUGCCUCCCCGUCAUAUUUCUCUUCGUCCCCGUCCUUCAGUUCCAAGACGACCGAUGGGGCCGGAGCGGCCAAGAAAACUGUGACUGCUUUGUUUGUAAGCUGGGAACGUCAGGCCAAGUUCAGACUAUGACAAAAGCUGAUGUGCCAUGCCAUCAAGUUGCCUGUUUUCGGGUUUGAGAAGCACGAAUACCGCAAAAGGUUAAGCUCGGCGUUGAAAGAUGGCGAAAAUUGCGCGGGCGAAGACGAGACUUCUCUUCUCAUCCGCACGUAUUUUAACGAAGACAAAUUUCCACUUCAUUGUCGCCGAACGCUAGAUCAAUUCACCUAUCACAUGUUGGAAGACACAGAGAAGCGGGACAAUAGCCAAGUUGUCUUCAAAUGGGCCAAGAGGCUAGACAGGCUCGCUCGACAAAAGCAUCCAGAGUCAACCUCGGCUCGACGUCGUGGCCACGGGGACUAUCCACUGAUCAUGGUUGAUCAACUUUGGCUCUGGAUUCUCCACGAUGAACACCAAACUGUGAUCACCAGUUUUCCUAACACAUGGGACACUUCAGCGGAUUACAACCUUGUGCGCCACCUAAUGUGGCGCGAGCUGAAGGACAAUGACAACCGGCCGCUGAUCGAAGAUGGGGCGGACCUCGCGAAUUUAAUCAUUCGAUGCAGUGUCGACUUUUUACACCGGCUAGGCCCAAACGAUAUUUCGCUUUAUGAAAGUUUUCAGUCCAGCAUCACGGACAUCGCUGAGAAGCAAGCGUCGCAGUUUGACAAGUUCAAGUCUCUGGUCAAGAACUUGAACAAGGACGGGAUAGACCAGAAAACACGGGCUACCUUGACCAACGCUCUUUUCCAGCUGACAACGGAGACUCGCCUUUUAGCUGAGAUCAUGGAUAUACAGGAUGAACUCAAGACCAUCAGCGAAGUCCUCACUAAGCAGAGGGAUGUCCUCAAGAAGUUUGUUCAGUUGCUCUCGAAGGACCAACCGAAUGACAAGGGAGAUGAUGAGAGCGAUACCGUUGAAACUCCUGAAUCUUCACAAUCCGUUUUCCCUGAUUUCGAAUAUUUCGAGUCCUUUGAAUCACCCGACGUGGGCGUACAUGGUCAAAAGAAGCCUCUGACAUCGGCGUUCCAGAGGGUCAAGAGCAAGCAACGGGCCAAACGGACAGUCCAAUUUGCUGAUGAACAGAUGCCACCCCAAAGAUCCAAGUCCUGCAACUUAGCCAUGGAAAACCUACAUCUGAUCAAUGGGCUUCUCAGUCAUCGGCAAAAGCAAGCCAAUGCAUGGGAAGCGAGAUUCGCCCGCGAAGGCUCCGAGCAUACACAGCGGCAAAGCAAUAUCACUUUAGUCUUCACGAUAGUCACUGUCUUCUUCCUGCCGCUUUCAUUCAUGUCCAGCGUCUUCGCUAUUCAGAUCGACGCCUUCCCUCACAACGCGGAAACCGGCGAGCUGAACUGGCCAAUGAAUGAAGUGAUGGGUCUCCUCUUCGGUAUCUCUCUCGUAAUAAUCCUCAUUGUAGCGCUUCUAGGCUUCUACGUCAACAGGAUAUGGGCCUCCUUUACUGAGCACUUCCGCCAUCUCACCCCUCCACCGGUCACAUCAGAAUCCACACAUCACGGCUCGGAUUCCGACUCGGAUACUUCCACCACUAUAAUCGGCACCCACAGGAGCGGUAAGAGCAAUAAAUCUUCCCGCACUUCGUCGAACGGACUGCGGAGCAGGAGCUCCAGCCAUGCUGGGAGCUCGCUAGGUUUUUCCGACUUGCUAAACUUUCUUCGAUCACGCGACUUCGCCCCGCUUUUCGGCCGCUGGUACUUCCACCAAAACAUCCCGUUUGUCAGGAAGCUAUGGGAGUAUCAGUAUUACGAGGCUCACAGUACAGGGAUGAACGACUUGGACAUUCGCUCAGAGAGGAGAGAUGCCGAUGGCAGAGCCUCUAGCUCAGGCAGCUGGGGCGACGAUAUAUGGAAUGACCGACCGCAUAGAAUUGAGAGAGACUAUCCGCUCCACCGAGCACGCGUGGUGAUUACGCUGUUCGUCAAGGCUCGGGUGCAACGUCUGGUGGCAAGUCUAACCCCGCGGUGGUACUGGACGAAAGAGAAAUCCGAUGGAGAGGAAGUGGAGGAGGAACAGCAAUCUGGUUACGGAGCUGACGACGACGUGGUGAUGGUGAUGGAGGAGAACCCGGUAAGAUCAGGCACAGGGUCGGUGAGAUCACGCGCAUGGUCGAUAAGAUCGAGCAUGCGACGCAAUACAUCCAGUCUGAGAUCGAGAACGAGCGAGGAUAGCUGGGGCAUGCCGAUGGAGCCGCCAAUCAGGAGAAAGACGCCGCCGAAAAACCGUAUGAAAGACAGUGUCGCUGCUUUGUGGCCCAAGUUGCGUCCAUGGGAACGGAAAGCCGACAGUACCGAUCCGUCAAGGACUAGCGACUAUGUUGGGACGAGUUUGGAUGCUGUGGAUGACCCAGACGACUGGGAGGUCCGCCGCAGCUGGGUGCAACGGAUUGGACAAGGGAUUUUGCCGCCAUCUUCGGGGAGAAACAAGGUCAAGGUGGACGAUUUGGAGAGUGGAAGGCCGUCUGCGUCCCGAGCUGGCGGUAUAGAUUAAUGUUCAGGAAGGGCGAGAGGGCUUGCUCGGUCUUGCUAACAAUCAGGGUUGUAUUAUAUACUCUGGUAGCGACGAAGGUAUCGGUCUGUGGUUGGCUUUGGAGGGUUGUUGUUACCUGUUGACCCUAACCCUAAGAUGACCCUGCCCCUUUUCCUUACCCCUUUUUUGUACUGAAGCAUGAGAUCAGUGAAUAUUGUUCAUGCCCCUAAACCUUUCCCACCUUCAGUGUCCC